GUGUAUUGGUUUGGUAGUUAAGCAAACGUUUCUACGGAAUUAUUCACCUCGUAAAUAUUUUUCUUUUUAAUAUUUGGAAUUGCUCAAAGUUUGCUGUUAAUCAGCACUUAAGAAGCAAGUGGUGAAAGCAAUGACAACUGUCGACGAACGCUCACAAUAUCUGAAUAAUCGUUUCUGGAAAGGACAUAUCUACGAAAAUUUUACAUAUUUCUACGUCACAAUCGCUAUUUGUGCAUUUUUUGGACUUUUCUUAUUUGGACUCAAUUUAAUUUGCGGCCUUUGUUCGAAGCAUAAACAUUACUGGAACGAUCGAUUCACAGGAAAUCGUUGGAUUGUUUCAUUGUGGACUGCUACUGCACACAAACAACCUCCACUUGAUCUUUCUGAACUCGAGAACGUUAAAAUUGACUAUCCCAAAGCAUAUCCAGGCGAAAUCGAGAGAGUUAUUUACGAACCAGAACGACCACAGAAACUAAAAAGAGGAUUUGGACCGCCAGACUUCCGAGAGUUCGAAUACACUUCAGUCUCUCAUAAGUCAGCUAGAGAAACUCCACAACCAGAAGUUUUUAUUGAACUGCACAAACGAGAAAGUGAAAUCUAAAUCAGUAAAAUGUCAGUAUUCUUAAUGUUUCCAUUUGUGGCAUUAAUUGCCAUGUUGUCAGUUGGCGCCAUCAUGUUCAUCCUAAAGUAUGGCGAUCGGUUCUUCCAACUACGACACUACACAUUCAGACGCGACAAUACGGACCAUGGAAAUGCUGGUUAUGCACAUUCUAUCAGCACAGCUUGAGAUCUGAAUUGACAACAUUCCUAAAAUUAAUUUUAAUUUGAAUCUCUAACAAUUUAAACUUUAAAGACAUAAGUGCUCUUGUGAAACAAAAGUUUAUCAUGAACAUUCCGUCCAUUUUUUGAUACAUGCAAAAUUUUUACAAGACAAAGAAAAGAAAAAAAUAAAAUAGAUUUCUAAUCAAAACA